CUAUUCUGAUUUCUGGUCGGUGAACACUACCAACUACGUUCUAAUAAUAAGUGCAUGUGGGUCGUGUUUACUUUUUCUUUAUUGGUGUACUUUUUACAUAAAGGAAUUAAAAUUAAUUAAUCAAAACUUAGUAAUAUCUAACUUAUAUAGGUUGAAAAUGGGCAAUAGUAGACGAGAAACCUUAAAAAAAUCUCUCGGUCUUAGUGAAUACCCUUGGAGCUCGGAUGAUGACGAUAAUCCACAAAUUACACAAAUUACUCCUGCAUCUGUUUCUACAACCAGCAGGAGCCAAGCAGAUACAACACAUCCUAAUGUUCCAGAGACUAGUGCACAAGCCAACGCGACGCAGAGCCCCUAUCGUCGCAGGCAUAGCGCAAAAUUUGAGAGUGAAUUGUUCUGGUCUUUGCUUAGCAAUAAUCUUCCUAGAACAUGUGCAUCUGGACCUUCAGCAGGGCCAUCAAGGGCAUCUUCAAGCUCAGUAGAACCAACUGAGAGUACCGAUCUAACCAGUCCAAUGACAAACCUGCAACGCAUCUUUGCUAUCAAGAAGUUACGCCCUGUUGCCAGUUCAAGCAGGCAUUGCGCUCAUCCAGUAGCACGGUCUACAAAAUCGAAUGUGCAGAGGAUGCAAUCAAAUCUGCACGAGCAACAUAAAGUGCAGUAUUCUGGCGUAGGUGUAAGGGGCAAAACAUCUCAGCGGCAAGGGGGCUUCUAUCUGCACCCGCAGCCGGGCUCGCCGACACGCUCGCCGCGGCGCACUCCGCCGCGCUCGCCGCUGCGCUCACCGGUGCCCGCGCCGCCCAGCGACAGCGCGCCAUCCGAUGAUGAUUUCGAGCCCACAUCACGACUACCAACGGCAGCUGCCAACCCAACGGAUAAUAACAUGGAGGAGCCGGAACAAAACGACAGGGAAGUGGAGUCGCGUGUUGACGGACGGCCGCUGCAGCCAGGAAGAGAGUCGCCGAGAGUACCGCAGGAAGUGGAAGUGGUGGACUUGGCCAUGGAGACAGACGGCGCAGAAGGGGAGCAGCAGCCGGACGACAACGUCUCCAACCAGGCGCAAGCCAGCGGGGACGACGAUGGGAACGAGGAAAAUGCUGAAGGAGCUGAGACUGCUGCAUUGCGGGUGACCAAAAGAAAAAGAGAAGCCAGUGUUGAGGUGCAGGCGAUCGCAGUUCAGGAUCUCAACCGAAGCCUGCUGCAGCUGCUGGAGUGCCCCGUGUGCCUGGAGUGGAUGGAGCCGCCCAUGUCGCAGUGCCGGCGCGGCCACCUGGUGUGCGUGCGCUGCCGGGCGCGCCUGUCCGCCUGCCCCGUCUGCCGCACCACCUUCAGCUCCGUGCGCAACCGCGCCAUGGAGGGGGUGGCCGAGAUGCUGCGCUACCCUUGCCGCCACGGCUGCGGGCGCGAGACGCAGCUGCGACAGCGCGGCUCGCACGAGGCCAACUGCGCGAGCCGCCGCUAUCGCUGCCCCACCGCGGCCUGCGCCAAGCGCGAGCCGCUGCCGCUCGGCGCCCUGGUGCACCACUUCCAGACGGCUCACCAGGCGAUGCUGAAGGUGGGCUUCAGGCACGAGUUCUCGAUGAAGGUGAACGUGGACCAGCACGACGACUGGCUGGUGGCGGCGGGGUGCGACCUGUUCCACCUGCGCGUGGACGUCAACGUGCGCACGUGGGGCGUCCUGGUGCACGUGGCCUACAUCGGGCCCAAGUGCAAAGCCAACGGCUUCACCUACGAGGUGUCGGUGGUGGGGCUGCACAGCGAGCGCAAGCUGGUGUACACGCGCGAGACGCACAGCGACCUGGAGAGCGUGUCGCUCAACGUGAGCCGCCAGGACUGCUUCCACCUAUCACUGGACCAGGCGCUCAACUUCCUACGCUACAAGAACCGCCACUGCGAGCCCGACAAGUUCCUCGACUUCAGCGUCGCCAUCAGCGCGCGCGAGCCGUCCGCGCCCGCCGACCGCCCCGACCUGGACUCCUGAUUGGGGUGUGUCGUCUACGUGAGCGAGGGUCGGGUCGUCAAGUGCUCCACCUACCCGCUCUCGACGGCGCCUCCGUCGUCAGACUGAAGUAACAUUUAUAAGCUUCGUGUAAACCAGCAAGUGCGAGCCGCAAGGGGACCUGGAUUUCUUGAUUAGGGUGCAUGUCUACGUUAGCGAGGGCCGAGUCGUCAAGUGCUCCACCAACCCACUCUCGACGACGCCCGACUGAAUUAGCAUUUAUUAACUUCGUGUAAAUAUGUCAUAGGUUUUUGUUUAUUUUUAAUUUUGUAUAUUGUUUCGUUUCUUAAUUAUAUUCUAUUUGUAUAUGUUACCAUAAAUGUAUGAAAUCUAGGAAUUGUAUACAAAUCCUAGGAAAUUUAUAUAAUUCCGAAGCUAUUUAGGAAAUGUAUAAAAUAUUGUUUCAAAAACUAUUUAAUACAUAAAUUUCCUAGCAAAUGAGCACAAUUCCUAGGAAUUGUAUAUAAUUCCAAUAUCGUAUUAGGAAAUGUAUAAAAAUCUAACCCAACCUAACCUAACCUAAUAAAGGGGUCCUAAAGACCGUCCUGGCUGUCUGUGACGAAGCGGUCGAUGAGUCAAUACUGUGCAUUUGCUCAUCGACUGUUCACAGCACAGCCGAAUCCGAGAGGACCUCCACCAACAGAUAAGGGUGGUACUGUGUAGGGACUCCGUCCCCGCUAUUCUAGAGUGCGACGAAAAACGAAGCUUAUUCCUGCUAUUUUUCUGUAAAGUAGAACUUAGAAGGAAUAGCAAUAAAGAGGAACAGAGCAGGGUAACAAGAACCCAAUAUUGUCCAGUAUUAUAGAAUACCACGGUUAACAUGGGUCCAAAUUAAACUGCUCUGUUCCUUUUAAAACAGUAAUAGUAUAUUCGCACAGUAAUAAAAGUAAACAAUGUCUCUGACUCGAGUCAGGGGAAGAAGCCGCCUCUUGGCAAAAAUUAUCAUUGGUUGUAAAAUUUUAAAAUUUUGGAAUUAAAAUUAAAUCGGUAAAAAAGAAUUAAAAAAAACCUAACCUAACUGAACAGACAAAACAAUACCCUUCCCCCGCCCCGCUAUCCCCGCAUACCCAUUGAUAUCUCAAAUAUUUACAUUUCCGACUGCUAUUUAGACAAUGUAUAGAUUUCCUAGGAAAUGUGUCUAAUAUAAUUUAUUUUGCACAUUUCCGUGCGAUUUUAGGAAUUACAUACAUUUCCUAGGAAUUGUAUACAAUGACGGAUUACAUACAUUUCCGGUAACAUAUAUAACAAAAAGUGCAAUAUUAGCUCGAAAGAAAAUAUUAAUAAGUAUUUUUUUCCAUUCCUUUUUUUCUCAUUAAAUCCAUAGAUUAUUUAGUUUCAUAUAGUAAAAUAGAAUAUAUUUAGGAGUGAAAACAAGACUGUAUUUUUAUAAAGAGAAUGUAGGAUAAUUAUUAUUAAUAAUAUUUCUUAAAAUUGAUAAUAUUGGUAAGCUCUAUUUGUUGUUUUGGUACAUACUAAAAACAUUUCCUGUUUUCUGAGUUAAAAAGGUUGAUUCACGAAGGAUCAUCUAAGGGCUGGACCCAUGCACAUGUCAAAUGUAGGGGUUGACUUUCGUAUAAAAGCCAGAUCAGAUAAUUGUUCUAAAAAUUUAAGUUCGUUAUUUAGUUAUUCAACCAAACUUUUAAUAAUAAGCUAAUUAUAACCCUUGUACUGUGUGGAUGUCUAUACUCUUCAAUUAUAUCUUUGAAUUAUGUACA